AUGUCCGACUCCUACGAGCCCAAGGCCGGCAAAAGAGCCAGCGCUGACGCUGACGACUCUUGUAGGAAAAAAUCCAAGAAGAGCGAUCGCGAAGAAAAGUACAACCCGUACCUCGCGCACUUGGACCAGGACAGCACAAACGGCUACGGCGAUGAGCCGCCUCCGGAUUCGCCGUUUUCCGGCUUGAAGCGGCGGGCAACUACUGCCACGCAGGCCGCCAAGGUGGAAGAUUCCGCCUACAAUCCAUUUACCGGCAAAGCCCACUCCCAGCAAUACUUUAAAAUUCUGGAAACGCGACGGGGCUUGCCCGUCCACAAGCAGAGACAAGAGUUCCUCGACAAGUAUCAAUCGACGCAAAUCCUCGUCUUUGUCGGAGAAACAGGUUCCGGCAAAACCACGCAAAUUCCUCAGUACGUCGUGUACGAUGAAAUGCCCAAGAUGACGGGCAAGCUCAUUGCCUGUACCCAACCUCGUCGAGUGGCCGCCAUGUCGGUCGCGCAGCGUGUGGCAGACGAGAUGGACGUCUCCCUCGGCGAAGAAGUCGGAUACAGCGUUCGAUUCGACGACUGCUCCGGCCCCAAGACGUUGCUCAAGUACAUGACGGAUGGCAUGCUUUUGCGCGAAGCCAUGCACGACCAUGACAUGUCGCGCUACAGCUGCAUCAUUCUCGACGAGGCGCACGAACGUACCUUGGCCACGGAUAUUCUCAUGGCGCUUCUAAAGCAGAUUGCUGGCCGAAGAUCCGACCUCAAGAUCAUCGUCAUGUCUGCCACUCUGGACGCCCAAAAGUUUCAAAAGUACUUCAACGACGCUCCGCUGCUACCCGUUCCUGGUAGAACGCAUCCCGUGGAGAUUUUUUACACGCCUGAACCUGAGCGGGACUACGUCGAAGCCGCGAUCCGAACCGUCCUGCAGAUCCACGCAUCAGAAGACGAGGGUGACAUUCUGCUUUUCCUGACCGGCGAGGACGAGAUCGAGGACGCGUGUCGCAAGAUCAGCCUGGAAGCCGAUGAGUUGCAGCGAGAAGUAGACGCCGGCCCUCUCGUCGUGUACCCUCUGUACGGCACCCUGCCUCCUCACCAGCAGCAGAAGAUCUUUGACAAGGCCCCGGGCCCGUUGAGGAAGGGUGGGCGACCGGGCCGCAAGGUUGUCGUGUCGACCAACAUUGCGGAGACGUCCUUGACCAUUGAUGGCAUCGUUUACGUGGUUGAUCCCGGUUUCAGCAAGCAAAAGAUCUACAACCCCCGCAUCCGAGUAGAGUCCCUGCUCGUCUCACCCAUCUCCAAAGCCUCGGCGCAGCAAAGAGCCGGUCGUGCCGGCCGCACGAGACCGGGCAAAUGUUUCAGGCUGUACACGGAAAAGGCGUUCAAGUCGGAGCUCAUUGAGCAGACGUAUCCCGAGAUUCUGCGGUCCAACCUUGCCAACACGGUUCUGGAACUGAAGAAGCUGGGUGUCGUGGACCUGGUUCACUUUGACCUCAUGGACCCCCCCGCGCCCGAGACCAUGAUGAGGGCGCUCGAGGAGCUCAACUACCUCGCCUGCCUCGACGACGACGGCGAGCUCACCACGCUGGGCGGCCUGGCCUCCGAGUUCCCUCUAGACCCUUCAUUAGCGGUGAUGCUCAUCUCCUCGCCCGAGUUCUACUGCUCCAACGAGAUCCUCUCCAUCACCUCCCUCCUCUCGGUUCCCCAGAUCUUUGUGCGGCCCGCCAACAACCGCAAGCGCGCAGACGAGAUGAAGUCGCACUUUAGCCACCCCGACGGAGAUCACUUGACUCUCCUGAACGCCUAUCACGCCUUCAAAGGCCAGGCGGCAUCCGACCCGGACAGCCUGAAGACAUGGUGCCACGAGCACUUUCUUUCCUUCCGGCACCUGUCCAGCGCCGACAGCGUCCGCGCCCAGCUCAAGCGCAUCAUGGAGACGCACGGCCUGGAGCUCGUCUCGACGCCGUUCGAGGACAAGAACUACUACACCAACAUUCGCAGGGCUCUGCUCUCGGGCUUCUUCAUGCAGGUUGCCAUGAGGGAGAGCUCCGGCAAGAUUUACCGCACCGUCAAGGAUGAGCAGGGCGUCAUGAUUCACCCCUCCACCGUGCUGCGAGCCGACUUUGACUGGGUUCUGUACAAUGAGUUUGUGCUGACGUCGAAGCAGUACAUUCGCACAUGCACAGGCAUCCGGCCCGAGUGGCUGCUGGAAAUUGCCCCCGUCUAUUACGAUCUCGACACCUUUGAGCAAGGGGACAUCAAGAGGUCUCUUACCAGAGCGGCGGAGAAGAAGAGGAGAAAAGAAGCCAUGAAAGCCGGACGACGAUGA